AUGAAGAAGCCCACUGGAAUAUCAAGGCCGGGAGUUGCUCUGGGGUCUGCUGGAAGUGCCAUGUCUCCCACGUUCUUCCUCAUGGCUUUGGCCAUAUUUUUCUCCUUCGCCCAGGUUGUAAUAGAAGCCAAUUCUUGGUGGUCGCUAGGUAUGAAUAACCCUGUUCAGAUGUCAGAAGUAUAUAUCAUAGGAGCGCAGCCUCUCUGCAGCCAGCUGGCAGGACUCUCUCAAGGACAGAAGAAGCUCUGCCACUUGUACCAGGACCACAUGCAGUACAUUGGCGAAGGUGCGAAGACGGGCAUCAAGGAAUGCCAGUACCAGUUCCGGCACCGGCGGUGGAACUGCAGCACUGUGGACAACACCUCCGUGUUUGGCAGGGUUAUGCAGAUAGGCAGCCGCGAGACGGCCUUCACGUACGCGGUGAGCGCCGCGGGGGUGGUGAACGCCAUGAGCCGCGCGUGCCGCGAGGGCGAGCUGUCCACCUGCGGCUGCAGCCGCGCCGCGCGCCCCAAGGACCUGCCCCGGGACUGGCUGUGGGGCGGCUGCGGCGACAACAUCGACUACGGCUACCGCUUCGCCAAGGAGUUCGUGGACGCGCGCGAGCGGGAGCGCAUCCACGCCAAAGGCUCCUACGAGAGCGCGCGCAUCCUCAUGAACCUGCACAACAACGAAGCUGGCCGCAGGACAGUGUACAACCUGGCCGACGUGGCUUGCAAGUGCCACGGGGUGUCCGGCUCCUGCAGCCUCAAGACGUGCUGGCUGCAGCUGGCCGACUUCCGCAAGGUGGGCGACGCCCUGAAGGAGAAGUACGACAGCGCAGCGGCCAUGCGGCUCAAUGGGCGGGGCAAGCUGGUGCAGGUGAACAGCCGCUUCAACUCGCCCACCACGCAGGACCUGGUGUACAUCGACCCCAGCCCCGACUACUGCGUGCGCAACGAGAGCACGGGCUCGCUGGGCACGCAGGGCCGCCUGUGCAACAAGACCUCCGAGGGCAUGGACGGCUGCGAGCUCAUGUGCUGCGGCCGCGGCUACGACCAGUUCAAGACCGUGCAGACCGAGCGCUGCCACUGCAAGUUCCACUGGUGCUGCUACGUCAAGUGCAAGAAGUGCACGGAGAUCGUGGACCAGUUCGUGUGCAAAUAG